GUGAUGCAUGUCGAAAACCCGGGGCGGCUGAUUAAUCGUCGGCUUCUGAGGAGCUCAACAGUAAGCUUUCUAUAGCUAUUUAAGUUAUCGGCUGUUCGGGCGUGAGACGAAACGUUGGUGGAAAAGCCAGGAACUGCCGAGGGACAACCAGCGAUUCUGGAGGUGGCGGCAGCCAUUUCCAUGCAUGGUGGGGAUGGAGGAGAAAAGGUUGCGGACAAUAAAUAAGCUUGUGAUUUUCUCCGGCUUAUUUAAAUAUCUGCUUUCUCUUCCGCUUCCUUUUGUAUAUUUAUCAUUGACUCUUGCGUGUUUUGUUCCGCAUACCUGAGCGAAGUUCAUACAACUACAUCCUCCACAAUGGCAUCCCCACAGCAAAGACUAUCCUCGAUUCAGGGCCAUCUCCAGGCUGGAGAUUCGCCAGCAAGACAGGCGCUUCUGGCAAAGAAUCCUGAUGACAUUGUUAUCACUUUCGCUACCCGGACCCCUCUCACCAAAGCUCGCCGAGGAGCUCUCAAGGACACACACCUUGAUGACCUUCUGAUCGCCUUGCUUACUGCCGUCCGUGAGAAAUCCAACAUCGACCCAGCUCUCGUUGAAGAUGUCUGCGUCGGAAAUGUUUCUGCUCCGUCUGCCGCAUACGCUUCCCGCUCCGCGGUCCUGGUCGCUGGGUAUCCCGUAACUACCUCUGUGUCAGUCGCCAACCGCUUCUGCUCAUCUGGGCUGCUCGCCAUCCAGCAGAUUGCCAACCAAAUCCAAGCCGGUGCUAUCGAUAUCGGCAUCGGUGUCGGCGCAGAGAGCAUGAGCACGAUCCCAGACAAUGGCCCCGCCGUCGUCUCAAAAGACGUGCUCAACCACCCCAUUGCGUCUCAAAACCAGAUGCCAAUGGGCCAGACUUCUGAGAACGUCGCAGGCCAAUUCAACAUCUCCCGAGAGAUGCAUGAUGAAUUCGCCGCGCGGUCGUAUCAGCGAGCUGAAUUGGCGCAGAAGAGCGGGUGGGUGGUCGACGAAAUCACGCCCAUCAAAGUCAAAGUGAAGGAUCCCAAAACUGGGGAGGUUAAGGAAGUUGUCGCGGAUAGAGAUGAUGGUGUCCGGUACGGAACCACUGCCGAGAGCUUGGCCAAGGUCCGCCCAGCGUUCCCACAGUGGCAGCCCGGUCGCACAACUGGCGGCAAUGCAUCGCAAGUCACCGACGGCGCUGCCGCCGUGCUGUUGAUGAAGCGAUCCCGUGCACAGGAGCUGGGUCAACCUAUUCUUGCUAAAUUCUGCGGCGCAACUGUGGCCGGUCUGGAGCCACGGAUUAUGGGCAUUGGCCCGACACUUGCCAUACCGAAAAUGAUGAAGAAGCUCAACCUACAGAAGGAGGAUGUGGAUAUCUUCGAGAUCAAUGAGGCGUUCGCUUCAAUGGGAGUCUACUGCGUCAGGAAGCUCGGUCUCGACGUUGCAAAAGUAAACCCUCGCGGUGGUGCAAUUGCCAUCGGCCAUCCCCUUGGCUGUACUGGCGCUCGCCAAGUAGUGACAGCCCUCUCAGAGCUUCGGAGACAAAAUAAGCGCGUCGUAGUGACGUCUAUGUGUGUUGGAACUGGUAUGGGAAUGGCUGGUGUCUUCGUUUCGGAGCAUUGAAGAACUGAUGAUUAGACGUAAACGCUAUGGCUAUUUUCUCUCUUUUCUUCUGAUUUGAUUGAAGAAUAGCGGCACAUUAUUUAUGUACUGUACAUAUAUAUGACGGCAUGUCAUGGUAAAUUCCCAUUGGGAUAGUUAUUUUAUGAAUACAAGCUUAGAAUGCAGCUUAACAAAAACGCGAGAUUGUGCGGUAGUGUAAUUUAGAUGUGAAUAUUACCUAAAAAUAGCCCGGGUUUGAGGGAAAAGUUUACUGGUCCCUCCAGCCUUAAUAUCGAUAUGAGACAGCUUCAGAUGUCAACUCAUUUCACUCCGGCCCUCACCAGUGAUGGUCAACUCGUCCAACUGGAGCCCCAUAUCGAUAUUUCUUUCGAUAUUCCUCCCCAUAAAUUCAUUCUACCCCGGUGACUAGUGUCG